UGAGUCAGGCGCGUCAUAUGCGGACCCGUCUCCUCCUCCUCCUCCGUUUUCUUCUACUCCUCUUGUGUUUUUUGCUUCUUUUCCUGUCCGUCGGUCGUUAUGGAAAUCGGCGGCGUUGAGGUGGCAAGUUAACCAGGUUUUGUAUUUACCUUGAUGAGAGGGAGUUCAUUUGGUCAGAAACCUUAUUGUGCGACCUUCCAGGUUAAAAUAUGGAAAGAGCAACUGAUUUUUCAAGAGAUCAAAAUCAAAGGCUAAAUGAUGUGGCCCAACAACUUCAGACAGAGAAUCUAACAAGAACUACCUUUGAACAGAAGAAUCCCUUAGGAGGUAACAAUGAAAUGGAGCCUGAACUGAUGAAUCAAAGACUAUCUCCUCUAGCUGCUGAUUAUGAUGGACAUCUGAAGGAAAUGAAUGAACAGCUGAGAUACUGUCAGGUGCAGAUGAGGGAAUUGCGACUAAAACUUGAACAAGUUACCAAGGAAAAUGAAAGAUUGCAUGAAGAAUUGAAAGAGGCUGUUGAAAAGCAGUUGGAGGCUCUACAAGCUGGUCCUACCUCAGGGGAUGGUACAUUCAUAGAUGAAAAUAUAAUAAGAAACCUUCAAGACCAGUUACAACUAGCAAAUAAAGAAAAGGAACAUGCAGUAGAACUUUGGCAGACAGUAUCACAGGAGUUGGAGCGACUUCAGCAGAUAUAUCAUGCACACAUGACAGAAGCACAGAUUCAUAUUGCUGAAAGUCAAAAACAAAAAGAUCAAUUGACAAGCUUUCAGCAACUAACAAAGCAACUGCAUUUCAACAACGAAAAAACAGAGUCACUUAAUCAGGUAUUUAAGAAGACUGUAACAGAACAGAAUGUAGAACUGGACCAGCUACGCAAGCAACAGAGACAGUCCAAGUUGGACUUGAGAACAGCAGCUGCUAAGGUUGAUGAAAUGACCAGACUGAUUGAGAAUCUUCAGGCCCAGGUAGAGAGAAAGGAAGAAGAGGUGCUUGCUGUUCAGGAAAAAGAGGAAGCAUCAGACAAACGCUUGCAUCAGUUGCAAUCUAGCGUAAAAGAACUGGAGAAAAGGCUUUGUGUAGCUGCUGAAGAUUUGAAAGAGCUAAGAACAGAAAAAACAAACCUAGAAAAACAAAUCCAAGAGCUGAAUGUGAAGUGCACUGUUAUAGAAAGGGAGAAGAAUGAUGCUAUGGAACAGGCUUGUAAGAGCAUUCAACUCUUAGAAGAAGCUAAUCUGCAAAAGAGUCAGGCAAUGAUAUGUGCAAAACAAAAAGAAGAGGAGAUUGAAAAUAUGAAGGAAGCAUUUUCUCAUCUGCUUCAAGAUGCUGCUUCAAGUACUAGAAAGGAAGUAGAAAAUGAAAAGAAAAGGUGCAAUAUUCAGAUAUCCCGAUUAGCAGAAGAAAUUGAUGCACUCCAGAAGGAAUGUGAAGAGAAGCAGAUCCAAAUCGAGCGGAGUGCUAGAGAUAGGCAAACUGUGGAAGAAGAGCUAGAGAAGGUGUAUCGUGAAGGUAGAGGAAAUGAAGGCGAUUCUAGAAAACUAGAAGAGCUUUACCAAAGGUGUCUCAUUGCUGAACUAGCCAAAGAUGAUUUGCAGCGAAGUCUACAAACAGCACAAAACAAAAUUAAGCAACUUGAAAUGAACUAUGAGGAACAGAGAAACAGUGGUCAGGAAAUGAUUUACAAGUUGCAAAGUAUUCUGGAAUCUGAAAGAAAGAACUGUGGCUCUGUCAGUGAAGAACGCUUAAAACUCCAGCAAGAGAACGAGCAGUUUCAAAAAGAAAUGGAAGAAUUGAGAAAGCUGGCUGUGGAGGCACAACAAGCUGCAAAAUUAAAGAUAAGCGUAAUGGAGAAUGAGCAUAUAAUAAAAGAGCAUGGGUCUGAAGUUCGUUUAAAAGAGAUGGAAGAUGUGCAUCGAAAGUCGUCUGCUGAGCUGAGACGCCUCUUGAUAGCUCAACAGAAAGCAACAAACCGGUGGAAGGAGGAAACAAAGAAACUAACAGAAGCUACGGAAACCAGAAUAAAUAGUUUAAAAAGUGAGCUGAGCCGUCAAAAAAUUCACACCCAGGAGGUACUUUGUCAGCUGGAAAGAGCAAAUGAAAAGGUUAUUGAGAAUGAAAAAUUAAUGACGGAACAUCAAGAGAAAGUCAACAGACUUCAAAGGCGACUAAGCCAGGCAGAAGAGAGGGCAACCACAGCAUCUCAACAGCUCAGUGCAAUUACAACGCAGAGGAAAAAGGCUGUCUCCUUGAUAGAGUUGGAAAAUACUUGAAAUUAAUAUCUUCUUCUUCCACGCAACAUGUAAGUUCAGGCUGCUGAAGAGCAGCAUUGGAACAUUAGGACAUAUCAUGCACAGAGUGACUUGUAUAAAAAUGUGCAUCACUAUUACUCGAGAAGAGAAUCACUGUGGCUUCUUCACAAUAAUCAUUAAGCGGGUAACUGCAAAUACAUAUUGAAGUGAAUAAAAGCUAGAUGUAUAACAUGUUUUGUUUUAUGGUAGAAAACUUUGCCACAAAGUUUAAAAUACACAAUUGCUGAAUUUUAAGGUUUUUUACAACUGACAGUACCUAAUGUUGUGUUAAUGAACUCAACAUUUUAAAACUA